AUGGAGCUGCAAGGGGCUCCUGACGCCAUCAUGUGCCGAGCGUUUGCCACCACCCUUAAGGGUACCACCAGAGACUGGUAUCGAACUCUGCGACCAGGAUCUGUUGGUUUCUUCCAAGGGAUAGAGCAAAUGUUCAUCGGCCACUUCCUUAGUAGCCAGAGAGUUGCCAAAACAACAGGCCAUCUAAUGAGUAUGGUGCAAGGGGACCGCGAGACUCUAAAGAACUUCAUGCACCAUUUCAACACAGCGACCUUAGAAAUCCGCAACUUGGAUAUGGUGGUAGCCUUGGCUGCCCUGACAACGGCUCUUCAACCCGGAAGCUUCUUAUACUCCCUUGGGAAAAAACCGCCAGUGGACAUGGGGGAGUUAAUGAUUUGA